UUGCGCCACUGAGAUGCAUUUUCUCUAUAAUACAGAAAUUCAUAGAAAAGUAGAAUGUAAUGAAAUGAAUUUUUGGAAACAUGAACAUUUAUAAUGAAAGUAUAGAUUUAUGCAAAUUAUUGAUUUCGCAACCGAUUUCGUAACUAUAGUUAUUUUCAUUUGGCAACAAUUUAAUAGUAUAUACUUAGAAUUUCGUUAUGUGAUGAUACUGUGUGCAAAUUGAGAAGUAUAGUUUUUUUUAUAUUAGUACUGGAAUUAUUUGUUUAUAAAUUUUUUCAGUAGCUAAGUAUUUUUCGAAAUUCAUAACAUUAUGUCGAAUUCGGACCUGGAAUUGCAGAAGAUGGUUCGCGGCUUUAGGGUCAGUGAUUUACAAUCACUUUUAAGCUAUGCUGGGCGAAAUAAGGGCGGCAAGAAAUACGACUUGCAGAAUAGAGCUCUUGAUCUGAUUAAACUCCAUUCAGCAUCCAUCGACAUGAAGAUAAGAGAACUUCAUAUGAACAGAUAUCAGCAAUCUCGUGCUCUUCCCGAACCUCAAGAUAUAUAUCCUUUAGCUACAAUCAAUGAACCAAUGGGUAGUAACUAUGGAAAUACAUCUGAUCACCGUGGAUCUCUUAGCUCUGCAAUACCUGGAUAUAUGCAGAAUAUGAGUAAACAUAUGCUUCCACCAAAUGCUGGGUUGAAUGUUAUGUCUCCAUAUCCUGUUUAUCCAGAAGUGAAAUUCAAGGAAUUGCCUUUUUAUGAUGUAUUAGCAGAACUUUUGCGACCAACUAGUCUUGUUCCCCUUCAAAAUGAACGAUUUCAAGAAAGGGAUUUUGUGUUUUAUUUUACUCGUCAGCAGUUGAAUGAAUUACAAAACUGUGAUGUACAAGUACAACUACGUGUAUGUCUCUUGGACACUAGUUGUGACCAAGAGGAUGAAAUUCCAACAAGCGUUUGUAUUAAAGUAAAUAAAACUGUGAUCAAUUUACCCAAUCCUAUUCCAACCAAUAAACCUGGUGUAGAGCCCAAGCGUCCAAAACGUCCGAUUGACAUAACGGUUUACAUUAAGAAGAGUGUUUCAGAACCAAAUGAAGUUCACAUUUCUUGGGGUAUAAACUGUAUUAGAGCCUAUGUUGUAGGAAUAUUUUUAGUUCAAAAACAGACGUCAUCAGUACUAAUAAAGCGCUUGAAAUCAAAUGGAGUGAGAAAUCCUGACCACACAACAGCAAUGAUUAAGGAAAAGUUGUGUCAAGACCGUGAUGCUGAGAUUGCAACUAUGAGUUUAAGAGGAUCUUUAAUAUGCCCACUUGGAAAAAUAAAAAUGAAACUUCCUUGUCGUGCUUUGACAUGUACUCAUCUUCAGUGUUUUGACGCUACGUUGUAUUUACAAAUGAAUGAAAGAAAACCUAAAUGGAUAUGCCCUGUUUGUGAUAAACCUGCUUUAUUUAAAAAUUUGGCAAUUGAUGGUCUCUUCUUAGAUAUAACACAAAGAGCGCCAUCAGAAUGUACAGAAGUGCAGUUUCAUGAAGAUGGUUCUUGGACACCUGUGAUGCCCAUAAAAAAAGCCCCUCCUGAAAUCAGUGAAACAUCAUUUGAAGCUGCAAAGAUUGUAAAAAAAGAAGCUCCCAAACCAAAAAAACGAGUUGAAGUUAUAAGUCUGGAAUCAGAUAGUGAUACAGAAGAUUCCUGGAUUGAUGUACCUAAGAAAAAACAACCUUGUAAACCUGUUGGAGUUAUAUCUCCAAGUUUACUUCCUAUAUAUUCACCAUUAAGUUCCACAACAGUGCAAGAUACAGUAACAAAGUCAAUUGAUGCACUUGCAUCCUGUUCAUCUAAAUCUGAUCUGAUGGAUUCUUCAGCUGUUGCUGCUAUAUCUGAAAAAGCUACGUCUGUUGCCCAGCCUCUUAUUGAGAGUGAUGUAAGUUGCAUUACACCACAAACACUUGAUUUGCCAGGAUCUCCGAGCUACAAAGAUGUUACUUCUCCAGCAUCUCCUUCAGAACCCUAUUGUUCGCCACCUUCUACGAGCACAUUCCAUGAUCAAUUGGAAGUUUUAAAUAGCCCUCAAAGCUCAACAGUUCAGGAUUUUAGGAAUUUCGAUUUGUAUUCCUUAAUUCAGCGAACACAAGAUGAAACGUUUGAAAUCCCACUUGAAGAUGAUGCAGCAUCACCUGAAGUCAUAUCCAUCGAUUAAUCUUAAAUUCAUCAUAUGUGGAAUUCGAAAGAUUAUGGUUUCAUCUAAGCAUUUGUCUGCGGAAGCACUAAGGAAUUAAUAUCUGUGCUUUUAUAAGUAAUGUGCAUAUUAGCAUUUUAGUUUUCCUGAAAAAUUUACCUUUGUUUAAGUAAUUUGAAAUUACUUUCUCUCUCUCUCUCUCUCUCUCAACAUUGCAGAAUUUUAUUUCUUAAUAUUCAAAGAAAUGGAUAUUUAAACUACAGGAUAAAUGGGAAUUAGUGUAUGAAAAAUCAUUUUUUUUGUACAACGUAAAAAGCUGUUGCAAAUUGUUUGUUAAUUUAAUAUAUCUAGCAUAUUUUAUUUAGCUUUUGUUAGAUAAAAAUGGCUAAUUUAGCUAUAUGUCAGAAAUUAAAGCUUUUUCUGUACAGACAAGAUGCACAUUCGAAAUUAUACAUCUUUAAAAUCACAUUUUGUAAAAGCAAAAUAUAUUAAUGUGAUCAUUUGUUUUUUGUAUGAAGAUGAUCCAUUCUUAAUUUCAUAUGUAUAUCAGUAUCUAGGAAAUAAAUUUUGUCUUAAAUAACAUGAA